UAAUCUUUGGUUUAUUUACGACUGACUGAUUGCCGCGGCGGUUAUUUAAAUGAAAAAAAAUUAAAAUAAAGUUAAGGAUAAAUGAGAGUAGUAAUUUAACAGAAUUUGUAGAAAUGAAUCUGAGGAUUGCGAGGACUCAGUAGACAGCGAGUUGUUAAUUAACGGCUUGACACCUGGACCAGCUAUAGAAAUAUGUCUCGGCGACAGCGUAGAAAUAUUCGUCCACAACAAAUUAUUAUCGACGGAGAUCUCAUUCCACUGGCACGGUAUCAGCCAACAAGGAUCUUCGCACAUGGACGGCGUCACAAUGAUAACCCAGUGUCCAAUUCUCCCGUUCACCAGCUUCCGGUAUGACUUUAAGCCCGACAGUAAUGGAACUUAUUUCUAUCACGCCCACUCAAUUUAUCAACAAGCCGACGGUUUGCACGGAGCUCUGAUAGUUAACUCCCCGUCAGACGACCAGAAUCUACAAAAUACUUUUAUUCUAUCAGCAAAAUCAGAUCAUAUCUCGCCGCUAUCGUCCUCUCAAUCGGCUCCAAUCGCUUUGACAAUAAACGGCAAGAUCAAUAAUGCAGAGUGGACCGUCCAGAGGCAACAAUUAUCGUCUGCGGUUAAUAAACGCCAAUAUUUUCUGCCCGCUUGCAUUUUUCAUCGACGAGCAGCCAUAAAUCAUAAAACUUUAAAAUCCCGUUAG